AUGAACUCAGCGACCUCCGAAAUGUCUGGAGUCACCACUUACCAAAGGCUGGGCAAAGGUUGCAAACGCAUAGUCCACAACAAUGGCCCCAGACCGACGCUUAGUGACAAGGACCAUGUCACCCACUGUGUAUCCAUGCCGCUGGCAGGCGAAAUUGCCUGCUUGACUGCACCACUCUAUUUGGACGGAUGUGUUUGCUGUGCUACUAUUCAUCGAGGCUGGGUAUCGGUCAGACUUAUCACUCACAGCGCGGGAUAUCAGAUACGGGUCUGGAAGUCCAGCUCACUGCCGUCUAAAAUGGGCCAGCGUAGCUCGACUCUGGAAUUGCACUCCAGGAGCCAAUUCAUUCUCGCCAAUGCGUACGGCAUCGAAAUAUUCGCUGGCAACUCAGGUCGCCCAUUCGACAGCGAUCCCAAGUCAGGAAACUUGUCUCGGCUUCCCCGUCGACGGCGCCGGAGAUUGCAAGUCAGGUCGCAACUAGUCUUUACCAUCGACGCCGAAGGAGCAACUACGUUCUCGCCAUCGUUUGAUGCAACUCGACUUAGUCGGUCGUUGAUGCUACCUCUCGAUGUAGUCAGAAGUGUGUCAGCAAAACGCAGCGAGGCUUUCUACUAG